CUUUACCUACUCUCACACUCCAAAGUCUCACAAUAAUGGCUUCCACUCUCUUCCUCGCCGCCACAUUUCUUGUCCUGUGCACCCUCACCACAGCUACGCAGGCAGAGUUUAUCCUUACCCUGGUCAACAACUGCCCCUUCACGGUUUGGCCGGCCAUCCAGCCGAACUCCGGCCACGCCGUCCUCGAGCGCGGCGGCUUCGCGCUCAACUCCCUCACCCACCGCUCCUUCCCCGCUCCGACCCAACACUGGUCGGGCCGUGUCUGGGCUCGCACCGGGUGUAACUACGCCAACAACCGUUUCUCCUGCGUCACCGGCGACUGCGGCGGCCGGCUCGAGUGCGGCGGCCUAGGCGGCGCCACCCCCGCCACGCUGGUUCAGUACACCCUCCACCACGGCCCGAACGACCUCUCCUCCUACGGUGUCAGCCUCGUCGAUGGCUUUAACGUGCCCUUGUCCGUGACCCCCCACGAGGGCAAGGGCCACUGCCCCGUAGUAGGCUGUCGCGCCAACCUCCUCGCCACGUGUCCCGACAGGUUGCAGGUCCGGUCACCGCCGGGUCACGGCCCCGUUGUGGCGUGCAAGAGUGGGUGCGAGGCGUUUGGUACGGACGAGCUUUGCUGUAGAAACCACUACAAUAGUCCGCAGACUUGUAGGGCUUCGAGCUUCUCUGAGUUCUUCAAGCACGCUUGCCCUGCCACGUUUACAUAUGCGCACGAUAGCCCAACUCUCAUGCACCAGUGCUCGUCACCACGUGAGCUGAAGAUCAUCUUCUGCCACUAGAGCCCAUCAUUCUCCAUGUCUUCACGGUCUUUGUUUGAAUCUGGGGAAAAAAAAAAAAUAAGUCGGUUUGAUUGGGUUCAUUUUCCUCGUCUUUUUUACACUUUGCUGUGUCUUAUGUUGUAUUGGAGCAUGAAUGUAUGUAACAUUUGGAUUUUGGGGUUUGUUUAGCGUAUGUUAAUCGCUUGCUUUUACUUGUUUCCUUUUAAUUUCUACGUUUUCUUUUUUGUUCU